CAGAUUUUGAUAUAAGCUUUGAAACAAGCAUUGGGUGAUCGUCAUUGUACAGUUUCUCGAGGAGGACUGAAGAGGAUUCAAAACAUGCCUUUCGCAAAGAUUAUGCUACUGGUUUUUCUGGGCACAUCGAAUUCCUAUGUUGCCAUAGGGCAGCCAUUAAAUGGAGGCAAAUACUCAGUAAACGGAGUGGUGGAUGUUCUACCAAAUGGUGACGUGGAACUUCGCCUGAAUGCAAGAAAAGAAAGCAGUGGACCUGGUGCCCAACCACUUAGCCCCACACCUAUGUUACCUACAAGUGGCUACACUACUGGAUCUUCCACUGGGGGAGCUCCCAAUACUGGUACAGCACCAAUCUCCGGAUCGACCUCCGGAUUCAGUACAACGCCAGGGUUCAGCACAUCGCCCAGAAUAAGGAAUGCAGGCGACAACCCAAGACAAGUUGGACUUAAUUUGCACAACGACUACCGCAGAGUACACAAUGCUCCAAUAAUGAGCCUUAAUUCCCAACUUAACGAUGACGCUCAGAGAUAUGCAGAAAAACUUGCCCGUGAGAGUGUUUUUGAACAUGACAAAAACAAUAGAAACCAAGGAGAAAACCUGGGGUUACAAUGCGCCAGUGGAAGUGAUGCAGAUCUGGUUAAGAAGGUUGUUGAUGCAUGGUAUAAAGAGGUUUGUGGUUACAAUUUCGACAAUCCUGGAGUAAGUUCUGGGGUUACUGGUCAUUUUACUCAAGUUGUGUGGAAAACAAGCACCAGACUUGGCAUUGGGUUCGCCAGGGGAAGUUACACAUUUGGCUCACAAAGAUUUGACAACUGCCUGUUUGUGGUCGGCCGAUAUCUAGAACCAGGAAACUUAGUUGGUGCCUAUUCACAGAAUGUGUCGAAGGGAAGCUUUAACGUGCAGAUUUGUCGUUCUUCAAAUAAUUACGGGAAGAGAAGUAAGCCUUUUCGAAAACCAAAUUCGGGAAAAAGUAAAAGAAAGAGCACCUUAGAGUUGGUCCUUUAAUCCUUUAACUCCCAAGAUUUGAUUGUUAAUUCUCCCCUCUUGCUGCUACACAAUUCCUUGUAAAUUAGUUGCGAGAAUGUGGUGAAAGAUCAAGAUUACAACUUCUACCUGAUAAGUUUGAGUAUUCUCAUUAACUGUUUGCUAAAAUAGUGUGGAAAUUAUUUAGAGAAGUUACAUGUUAGUCACGUUAAAGGGUUAACUAAGGGCAAGCCAUAUUGUGUGAUGCAUUUCUGGAAAGGUGAAAUAAAGUUGUAUUUGGCGAAAGAUAA